AUGAAAGAAAUGAGAACGGAUGUUCGAAAGCUCUCGGAGGAAAAUGAAGACUCAGACAGGGUGCUCGAGAUGGCUCCUCUACCACGCCUCAACGUUGUCAAUGUCGGUGUGGGGCUAGAGGCUGCCAGUCCCUGCGUUCCUGGAGUGAGCCAAGAGGGCGGUCACCUGAAGCCGGUUGGGCAGCAGCGGCGUGGGAGAAGUAUUCCGUCCAGAGCGGCGCUCGCCGUCACCCUACAAUCGCCGUUCAUCAUCGCCGUACAAUUCCCGCUCUGA